AUAAAAGGGAAGGGGCAAAGAAAUCCCCGCCGGGCGGGCGAAUAAGAAACCGAAUAUCCACUUAUCCGUAACAAGAGCGUUGACCGUUGACAUCUCCUUCUCCUCACCCUCUCUUCUUAUUAAUAUCAUCAUCGACACACCCACCUGCUCUGAUCAACACAACAUCAACAAGAACAAGAAGAAGAAGAAAAUAAAUAAGCGAUUCCACUGCUUCUUUUCUUCUUGUUUCAUCUCACUUUCUUUUUAAUUUUAUUAUAAUUAUUCACACAUAAAUAAUAAGAUGGAGGGAAAGGUUGGCUGCGCAUCGUGGAUCCGACGGCCAGAAAACGCCCAUCUCGUCGUCUUGGGAACGAUGAAGCAACUCACUCAUCCCGCCUCCCUUCAAAUCUUCUCCUUCGAUCCUCUCACUACUUCGCUCUCAUCUUCUCCCAAGGCGAGUUAUGAAUUUGAAAACGGGAGUGAAGCUGUAAAUAUAGCUGUGCAUCCUAGUGGAGACGAUUUUGUUGCUUCCACUACUUCUGGAGACUGCAUGUUGUUUGAGUAUUAUGGUCAAAAACUGUUGCCAAAAGAAUUACAUCCCCUUCAAGGUGUAGGUCCACAAAAAUGUCUUGCUUUUAGCACUGAUGGAUCCAAAUUUGCUACUGGUGGGGUGGAUGGACAUCUACGGAUUUUCGAGUGGCCAAGUAUGCGCAUCAUUUUAAAUGAACCAAAGGCCCACAAUUCAUUCAAUGAUAUGGACUUCAGCCUUGACUCAGAGUUCUUAGCUACAACAUCUACUGAUGGUUCAGCAAGAAUCUGGAAAACAGAUGAUGGUGUUUUAAUAACUUCCUUGACCCGCAAUUCUGAUGAAAAGUUUGAACUAUGUCGUUUUUCCAAGGAUGGUACAAAGCCAUUUUUGUUUUGCACCGUUCAGAAGGGCUUCAAAGCUGUGACUUCUGUCUGGGACAUAAGUAAUUGGACCAAAAUUGGUCACAAGAGACUGCUGAGAAAACCUGCCUCAAUUAUGUCUAUCAGUUUGGAUGGGAAAUAUCUUGCACAGGGGAGCAAAGAUGGGGAUGUUUGUGUAGUUGAUGUUAAAAAAAUGGAAAUUUGUCAUUGGAGUAAAAGGCUUCACUCAGGCUCUUCAAUUGCAUCACUGGAUUUCUGCCCCAGUGAAAGAGUUGUGCUGACUACUUCUUCAGAAUGGGGAGCUAUGGUGACUAAACUAUCUGUUCCUGCAGAUUGGAAAGACUGGCAGAUAUAUUUAGUGCUUCUGGGACUAUUUUUGGCGUCAGCAGUUGCAUUUUACAUUUUCUUCGAGAAGUCUGAUUCAUUUUGGAAUUUUCCACUUGGGAAGGAUCAAACUACAAGGCCGAAGAUCAAUACAAUUCUGGGUGAUCCACAGUCCGAAGAUUGGGGAGCCUUUGGACCAUUAGAUAUCAUGUAAUAGACAAUCUUCAUAUUUUGACGAUUUUCUCUAAGAGGUGGGAUAUGCAACUGGAUCAGAAUAAGUACAGUUUGAGGUGCUUAGGCAGCCUUUGUUUUGUAGUCUUGUUAUUUAACAUUAAGGAAAUGAAAUGUAAGUCUUGUUUUGUA